AUGGUUUCCCACCUAAGCGACUUUGGCAUUUCGAAACUGCUUGGUGAAGAUGAGAGUGAUUUAUACACAAAAACAUUAGCAACAUUGGGUUAUAUUGCGCCAGAGUAUGGAGAAGAUGGAUUGGUGUCUACUAAAUGUGAUGUGUGUAGUUAUGGAAUCAUGUUGCUGGAAACAUUUACUAGGAGAAAGCCUAGUGAGUUUGAGGGAGAUCUUAGCUUGAAGCAAUGGGUGAGUUAUUCACUUCCUGAUGCAGUAAUGGAUGUUGCGGAUUCCAACUUGGUUCCACUGAUGGAUAAUCACUUGAACAAGAAGUUAGAUUGUGUAGCAUCAAUAAUGAAAGUGGCACUAGAUUGUUGUGUUAAAUCUCCAGGAAGACGGACAAACAUGAAAGAUGUUGUAGGGAUACACAAUCAAGAUUGUGUAACAUCAAGAUUCAACUUCUCGCAUGUUGAGCAUGCUCUUGGCGACUCUUGUUCCAAAUAA